AUCAAAACUGACCAUGGCACCACCAGCACCUGCACCGGCUAUACCCAAUUCGAAAUCGUGAGGUCUCGGACUUUGGGCGGACUGGCUUCGGGGGAGUCCAGAGUCAUCUGGACUGACACGAACACUACAAGAAAUGCCAACAUGUGGGCUCCCGAAAUCCACCACAUCGAUAACACCUGGUAUUACUUCUACUCCAGCUGCGACGCAUCCCUCGCCUGCUGCGAUAGCUGCCAGACAAGAGUCCUCAAAGGCUGCGAUGGGCCCAACCCGUACGACUGCGAGUACGAGUUUCUCGCUACGCUUGUCCCGCCGGAGGGAUCCAGAGGCAGCUCCAGUGACCUUGCCUUUAGCAUCGACGGCUCGUAUCUGGAAAUCCCAGGCAAGGGGAGAUACCACGUCCUUAGCAUCGUGGACGAGAAGAGACUUCAGUCCAUCGCCAUCACCGAGCUCAACACCACCGACUGGACCGUAAAUGCCUGGCAUAUCAUUUCGCAACCUGAUCAGGAAUGGGAACAGCACUACAAGGGAAAUGGUGCAGUUAACGAAGCACCCCAUCCUUUGUAUCACGGCGACGACAUCUGGCUUGCCUACUCCGGCUCGGAUUGCUCCACCGCAUUCUAUGCGCUAGGCCUCCUUUACUACAACGGCGGCGACCCCCUCCAGCCAUCCUCAUGGGAGAAAUCGGGGCCGGUCCUAUCUCAGGCUAACGGUAACUACGGAACUGGGCACAACAGUUUCUUCAAAUCGCCUGACGGGAAGGAAAUCUGGAAUGCCUUCCACGCCACGGCCAACUCGGACGGAGAUUGUGGGAGAACGCGGUACACGAUGGCGCAAAAGGUCACGUUCGACGAGAACAAUGUGCCGGAUUUUGGCAUCCCCCAGCCACUCGGUGCAGAGCUUGACCCGCCCAGCGGCGAGUGUAAGCCGAGAAAGAAAUAA